UUCCGUCAAGGUCAUUUCCAUACUGCUCACUCUAGGAUCGUACUGUACACUGCCAUCUUGUCUGGACAAUCGCGCAACGACAACGCCACUCCAACCCUCGUGUUCACACCAGAUCGAGAAAGCUGCUUCGCUAGUCAACCUCUGGCUUGACUAGCUGUCAUAAGGCAACGAAUGCGUGGCAGCCAGCAGUAGCUACACACGACAUGAUCAUACGGUUUUGCCACGGCCAGCCUCGCAUCGAACUCCUAGGUUGAUGCAGGGAAUAUCAGACCGCCAGGCCACACCAUGUCCACCCAACAUCUACUCGCUCAAAACUCCGUCAACAAACCUGGAACCUCAUGUCUAGGCUGUCGGCGGCGCAAACUGAAAUGCAGUCGCGAGACGGAAGGUUGCCACAACUGCGUCAAGUCCGACUUACCUUGUGUCUAUCCCGCGCCAGAACUGGGCGUCAAACGUAAACGAGGACCAUACAAGAAAGACAAACCGCCGCGACAGAGGCAUCUCGAGGAUCUAGUUAGGUACCUCCAACCGGGAGCUGCUUCGUCGGCGAAUGGAGAGGGAGAUGGAAGGACAGAAGUGAACGGUGGUGAAGAGGAACGACGCAGUUCGGAGGCCGCGCAAGGCAUUAAUGCAUCAGGGUCAAGCCGUUCAGCGUCACGGCUCAGCACAGUACGAACGACCGCCGCAUCAGAGGGGCUGGUUCAAGAUGCUUUGAUCGCUCUCACGCGGUCUUCUGGCAACAAUGAACAUGAACCUCGUGUUGACGAUCGGGCGUUCAAUGUUCGCGCUUAUCACGCUACUCCCUCGACCGCCGCACAUACGACUUCAAAUACGAAAGUUGCGAUGCCUCAUCCUCCGACACGGAGUGUCUUCGAAUACUGGCAUCUAUUCGCCUCCCGCGUCGAUCCCAUGAUCAAGCUCAUCCACCGUCCGACCUUUACGAAGAAACUCCUUGGUCUGGUUGAUAAUAUCAACAUCAACAACAUCCCCACUUCGACGAAUGCGUUGUUGUUCGCGAUGUACUUCGCGGCGGUGAGCUCGUGCACGG